ACGGAAAAGAACCUUCACAUAGGUGAAUCAAAAACAAGAGCCAAGUCAAAGUCUUCCCUUUCCCACAACACUAUAAACUCCAUCACCACCACCAUCACAACUAUAAACUCAAUUUCAACAAACCAAAACACACGACCCUACAAAAACAAAUGCAUCCAACAACCUUAACAACAACAUUAACAUUUUCAUUACACAAAUCAAAUUGAAACAAAAAACAUCAAACAAAACAAAACAAAACAAAACAUGUACCACAAAUUUCACUUUCUAUUUUUAACCUUUUUUCUCUUCACCGCCGUCAUCACCGCCGUCAACCCUGGUUCCACUCUCUCCGCCUCCACCAACCAAUCAUGGUCUUCACCAAGCUCCACCUUCUCUUUACGCUUUAUCCCCGUCGACCCACCAACCUCUCCUCCUUCUUUCCUCGCCGCCAUCGUCUACUCCGGCGGUGAGCCUGUUGUUUGGACCGCCGGUAACUCCACCGCCGUUGACUCCGGUGGGUCAUUCCAGUUUCAGUCAACCGGAAACCUUCGUCUUGUAAACGGCUCCGGCAACACUGUCUGGGAAUCAAAGACUGGUAAUCAAGGUGCCACGUCAGCAACAGUUGAUGACAGUGGCAAAUUGGGAAUUUCAAAUGGGAAGAGAGAGAUUUGGUCAAGUUUUGAUCAUCUUACUGAUACCCUUUUGCCUUCUCAGAAUUUUAGUGUUGGUAAGGUUUUGAAAUCUGGUGAUUAUUCUUUUAGUCUUUCAAAGAUUGGAAAUUUGAGUUUGUUUUGGAAUGUAAGUACAAAGUUUUGGACUCAUGGUUUGAAUACUUCUGUUAAUGGAAGUUUGGUUAAUCCUGUUUUAAGUUUAACACCUAUUGGGAUUUUGCAACUUUCUGAUGUCAAUUUGAAUACUUCUGUUGUUGUUGCUUAUAGUAGUGAUUAUGCUGAUGCUGGUAGUGGUGGUAGUGAUGUUUUGAGGGUUUUGAAAUUGGACAGUGAUGGGAAUUUGAGGAUUUAUAGUACUUCUAGAGGUAGUUCGAAUCCGAUUGUGAGAUGGGCGGCCGUUCAGGACCAGUGUCAAGUUUAUGCUUUUUGUGGGAACUAUGGUAUAUGUAGUUAUAAUGAUACGAAUCCUGUUUGCGGUUGUCCUUCGGAGAAUUUUGAGAUGAUUAGUGGUAUUAGGCAAGGGUGUAAGAGGAAAGUGAGUCUUGAUAAUUGUCGAGGGAAUGAAACUAUGUUGACAUUGGAUCAUACUCAGUUUUUGACUUAUUCUCCUGAAAUUGAGUCGCAAACGUUUUUCAUUGGUAUAUCGGCAUGUAGAGGAAAUUGUCUCUCGGGUUCGGGUGCUUGUUUUGCUUCGACUUCUUUGUCGGAUGGAACUGGGCAAUGUUAUAUUAAGUCGGUGGAUCUUGUGAGUGGUUAUCAUAGUCCUGCGUUACCUAGUACUUCUUAUGUCAAGGUUUGUCCGCCGCUGUCGCCGAAUCCAGCGCCCUCUUCGGGGGAGACGGUUAAGGAAAAGAUUUCCAGUGUACCUGCUUGGGUUAUUUUGGUUGUUGUUUUGGGUACCCUUUUAGUUUUGGUUGCUAUUGAAGCUGGUUUAUGGUUUUGGUGUUGCAGAAAAACUGCAAGGUUUAGUGUAUUAUCGGCUCAGUAUGCACUUCUUGAGUAUGCUUCCGGUGCACCGGUUCAGUUCACAUACAAGGAGCUCCAGCGCUCGACAAAAGGGUUCAAGGAGAAGCUCGGAGCCGGUGGAUUUGGUGCUGUGUAUAGAGGAAUUCUUGUUAACAAAACUGUUGUCGCAGUGAAACAGCUUGAAGGAAUUGAGCAAGGUGAGAAACAGUUUAGGAUGGAAGUUGCAACUAUAAGCAGUACUCAUCAUCUUAAUUUAGUGAGGCUUAUCGGCUUUUGCUCUGAAGGACGCCACAGGCUUUUAGUCUACGAGUUCAUGAAAAAUAGUUCUCUGGAUAAUUUUUUAUUCCCAAAAGAAGAACAAUCGGGAAAACUGUUGAAUUGGGAGUAUCGGUACAAUAUUGCACUUGGCACUGCAAGAGGAAUCACGUACCUUCAUGAGGAGUGUCGCGACUGCAUAGUCCACUGCGAUAUCAAACCUGAAAACAUCCUCUUGGAUGAUAAUUACGUCGCUAAAGUCUCUGAUUUCGGUCUUGCAAAGCUCGUUAAUCCGAAGGACCACAGACACAGAACCUUGACAAGCGUAAGAGGAACAAGAGGAUAUUUAGCCCCUGAAUGGAUUGCAAAUCUUCCUGUAACAUCGAAAUCAGAUGUUUACAGCUAUGGCAUGGUUUUGUUAGAGAUUGUGAGUGGAAAGAGGAACUUUGAUGUCUCUGACGAAACAAAUAGGAAGAAAUUCUCCAUUUGGGCCUAUGAAGAGUUUGAGAAAGGUAACAUCAAAGGAAUUUUAGACAAAAGACUUGCAGAUGUAGAAAUUGAUAUGGAGCAAGUUACGAGAGCGGUUCAAGUAUGCUUUUGGUGCAUUCAAGAGCAACCGUCGCAAAGACCAGCGAUGAGCAAAGUUGUUCAAAUGCUAGAAGGAGUAAAAGAAAUUGAGAAGCCACCUCCUCCUAAAUUAGUUGUAGAAGGAACUGUUAGUGGAACUAGCACCUACAUUAGUAGCAAUGUUAGUGCAUUUUCCACAAUUGGAGCCUCACCAAAUGUUCCUUCCGCUUCAUCAUCUUCAUCAAUCCAGACUAGUGGUGUUUCAAACUUCCCCUCGGGAAGAAACCCCGAGAAGGCAACUUCAUUUCUUUUGCAGUCAGAUCCAUGAAUUUGAAUUCUUUGUAGUCGCUAAAAUCUCAUAUUCAUGCAGUCACCACAAAAUAAAAAAUCCGUUUGAAAUCUUCACAGUCCGAUCUUGAUCCAACAGUCACUGAUGUGGCGCCUACAAGGAAUCUAAACUCCAGAUCAAUGAUAGAAACUGCAUUCAUUUUUUUAUGAUCACGGUCACAUUGGCUAGGGAUUUAUGCUUGAACAGCCGAAGUAAGUUCAGCUGGUCCAAUACAAUUUAUGGUAUAGACUAUAUAUAUUCUGUAUUUAUUUACGUGAUCAUCUUAUACUAGUUUAAAAUAGGAGAUUGCAACUUUACAGUUGAAGCAAUUAUUAUGUAUAUUCAAUUCUUGAAAUUUCUGGUUAUUGUGUAAUGUGUAUGUCCAUUUUAUGCAGCAGAAGAUUGAUAUAAUUUUAUUUACUAUUUGUAAA